GUCAUUCAAGGAUCAGGACGAAUCAAUGUAGUACAUGCACAAUGGGUAUCACAUGUUGGAUGAACUGGCUAAUGCUCUUUCUGUGUUGCCAUUAUGACAUCCAGCCUGCUGCAUGUAAACCUGAAUGGAUGAAACCGAGUUUCCCUUGUGAUGUCAAAGCCGACAACACCUCAAAGGUCAUAUUUGACUGUAAAAGCCGGCAUCUGAAUAAGGUACCUUGGGGGAUAACCAGCAAUGCAACAGAGCUCAACUUAUCAGAAAAUAACAUAACGCAUAUUUCAGUUAAUGAAUUUUCUAAUCUCAUGAAUCUCACUUCACUCAAACUCAACUGGGCAAACAAAAAUAAACCACUGACCAUCGAUGCGAAUGCUUUCAAAAAUCUGACAAAUCUGCAUGCACUGGCACUGAGUGGCAAUUGUCUGAGAGAAGUUCCUCCCAAUCUCCCUCUCAGCUUGGAAAUCCUCGAAAUAAACAAUAACAAGAUUAAAUUGGAUAACAUAAACCUUGCCAGUUUAACAAACUUGACAACACUAUGGUUAUCCAAAAACUGCUACAGCUGGAUUCCCUGUGGGAGACCUGUCACUAUUAUGAACAGUUUUGCAGUUAUGACCAAACUUCAGGCUCUGGACUUGUCUUUUAACAACUUAACCCAAGUUCCUAAAGGAUUACCCAAGUCAUUACACAUUGUAAAGCUGGCUUCUAACCAAAUACAGUACAUAUCUGAAGAUGACUUCCUUGGGCUACAUCAUUUAAAAAUGCUGAAAAUACAAGGGAACUGUCCAAGAUGUCAAAAUGCUCCAUAUCCCUGUCUUCCCUGCCCAAAUAUUUCUCUUGGCAUCCAUGACAAUGCAUUUCGUAAUCUAACAAACCUUGAGAUACUGCACCUGGGAGGAAACUCACUGACGUACCUGAAUCCCUCCUGGUUUCAGAGCCUGCACAAACUUAAACAAUUGUUCCUCUCAUUUAACUUCUUACAAAAAGCAAUAACUGAGGAGGCAACAUUUCUAACUAACCUUCACAUGCUAGAAAAACUUGAUCUCUCUUUCAACUUUGCCCUCAAGUCCUACCCUCCAACAUUAAAUCUUUCGAAAGACUUUUCAAAUCUAGUGUCACUCAGAACUUUGCAUAUGGAAGGUUUGGUCUUCAAGCAAAUUGGACCAGGCACACUCAGCCCUCUGUACGAGCUCAAAAAUCUGUCUGCACUCAACCUCGGGACUAACUUCAUUAUUCAGUUUGACUCCUACAUAUUCAGCAAAUUCUCCCACCUGAAAAUGAUAUACCUAGCAGAAAACAGGCUGUAUCCCACUUCGGUGGCAAGUCCCUCACAUUCAAGUUAUGGAUACAAUCAGAUGCCAGACCUUUCUGUUUCACCACUCAUAAAACCUCAUCCAAAAGACUUUACUUAUGAGCUAUCACACAGCCUUAUCAAACAAGAGUGCUUUGACUCUGGACGGGUGCUAAUCCUCAGUUCAAAUAAUCUGUUCUUCAUUGCUCCGGAGCAGUUUGAUGGUUAUGGAAACAUUUCAUGUCUCAACCUCUCAAGAAAUGGAUUUUCGGCAGCACCUACUGGAAAAGAGUUCAACUCCACCUCACUGUCUAAUCUGAAAUAUCUGGACCUGUCGUAUAAUAAGAUUGAUCUGGCCUACGACAACGCCUUCAGUGAACUAAAGGAACUGCAAGUGCUAGACCUCAGUUACAAUGCUCACUACUUUAAGGCAUAUGGGAUAACACAUAAUUUAAAUUUUUUGAAAAACCUGCCUGUUCUGAGAGUGCUGAAUAUGAGCCACAACUCUAUUUCCACAUUAACAACUAAACAGAUGUACAGCAGAUCAUUAACAGAACUUCGGUUUGAAAAUAAUAAUCUUGGGACUCUUUGGAAAGAAAGGGAUGGCUCAUAUAAGAGACUUUUCACUAAUCUUACCAAUUUGACAAUUUUAGAUAUAUCCACCAACAACAUUGCAAAGAUUCCAGAAAAUGUUUAUGAACUGUUGCCACGUAACCUCACCAAACUGUCUAUAAGUCAUAACUCUCUUACUGAUUUUAAAUGGGACAAACUAGACGGUUUUCGUCAACUUCAAAUUUUAGACCUGAGCUUCAAUUCUUUAUCUAACGUGACAGGUAUGAACUCAGAUGCAACACACACUUUGAUUUUCCUUGACCUGAGUCAUAAUCACAUUUUUCACUUGGACGAUGGGUUUUUGAAGGGUGCAAGAAGCCUUAAGACUCUUAGCCUUAGUUACAACAAACUAACUGUCAUCAAUCAAUCCACCUUCCGUUCAGAAUCUGACGAUCACAUUCAAACUUUGUUUUUGUGGAAAAACCCAUUCCAAUGUACCUGUGAUUCAUUAGACUUCAUUCUGUGGAUUGAAAAAACAAAUGUAAAGCUCCCAAGACUGACCACUAUGGUGACAUGUGACACACCAGAAAAACAGUGCGGUCGAGCACUGAUACAUUUUGACAUCAACCAGUGUGUAAAUGACAUUCAGGCAUUCUUGAUCUACAGUCUCACAAGUUCCUUCAUUAUUGUUUUUAUGUUUGUGGCGACAGUUGCACACUUAUUUUACUGGGAUGCUUCUUAUGUACUACACUAUAUGAAAGCUAAACUGAAGGGAUACAGUUCCUUGAGCUCACCAGACUGUGCUUAUGACGUCUUUGUGACUUACGACAGCAGAGACGCACAGGUGUCUGAGUGGGUGAUGACAAAUCUGCGGGUGAAACUGGAGGAAGGAGAAAAGCAUCUUCCUCUGUGUCUGGAGGAGAGGGACUGGCCUCCUGGAGUCCCACUGGUAGAAAACCUCAGUCAGAGCAUCCGCUACAGUCGCAAGACCCUGUUUGUCUUAACAGAGGGCUACGUUAAGACUGGAGUAUUCAAACUGGCAAUGUAUCUGGCUCAUCAAAGACUGCUUGAUGAAAAUGUGGAUGUGAUUGUACUGCUGAUGCUGGAGCCUGUGCUGCAGCACACUCACUUCCUGCGUCUGAGGAGGAGACUGUGUGGGGAAAGUGUUGUGGAGUGGCCGAGAACAGCUGCCGCAGAACCCUGGUUUUGGCAAAACCUGAGAAAUGUUGUCAGAGUAGACAAUCAGGUGAUGUACAACAAGACCUACUCAAAGUACUUCAGCAGGUGA